GUGUGCGCGCUUGUGUGGCGCAAUAUUUUCCUCGGAGCUGCAUGAAGGUUUCGUGUCUUGCACUUUCCUCCAUCAUCAUCGAGCGCGUCUAUUUGCAUUACGCGAACAACAGCUGGAGAAAAUUCCUCUUGAAGCUCCUCGCAUAAUUCUUUUAGGGCUUCUAUAUGAGUUUGAGAACUUCUCGCAAACUUGUUUUUUUGCGCGCAGAGAAACCAGAUUGACCGAUACAAAUAUUUAGUAAUAUUUAGUAGUUGUAUAUAUUUAUACUAAUUUCUGUUUUUUUUGUAAAAUUUCUGCUAAGGUAAAAAAUAAGUUAUACUGAAAAGACGAAAACUAAUUAGAAAGAUAAUUUUCGCAUUGUUUCUUUGACAAAAUGUUAAAUAUGAAGAAAAAAUUGUCUAUGUAAUUACAUUAUAUAUUUUUGUACGAAAAAUUUUUUGGCGGGUACAUAAACAGUAACCAAAUUUGAUAUAACCAAUUAUUAAAUGGCCACCAAAUUGUUAUUAAAUAUCAUAUUAACUAAAUAUUUAAUUAAAACCGUCUUCAAAGAGUUCAGUUUUUACAGGAACUUCUUCAAUUUGAUAACCAAUCGGUUAUUAAAUGGUCACCAAAUUGUUACUAAAUAUCAUAUUAAUUAAAUAUUUAAUUGGAACCAUUUUCAAAGAGUUCAGUUUUUACAAGAACUUCUUCGGCAGGCAGUAAAAAAACGCUAACAAUUUAAUUAGCUUCGGCUACGUAACUUAAUUAGCUGCUAUAAUACAACUAAUUUGUAAUAUAACUGGUUUAUAUAGCUGUUAAUCACAACAACCAGCUGCAUCCUACAAUCAUUAAGUGCGAAUAACGGUGACGACGGUUUCAAGUUGCAAGUGCCGUAAUAAAUCAGAGGAGAGGAAAUAUUAAAUAUGUUUAUUAUACAUCGAGAUCAAGACUUCCGAACAUUUUCAACGGUAGCCUCCCCCUCGGGGAGGGGGAGUAACCGGUUUAUUGGCCGGCUGGUCAGGGGUCGCGGUUGAUAAGCGCUGAUAAUGGCUCCCGCUCGGGGUCUAAACUGGUCAGUUCCUUGGGCGAUUCGCUCGUGCGAGCUACCUACCGCGCGUCAGCAGUUCCACAGCUGAUUCUCGCUCGCCGCGCGAACGUCGUGUCGUGUGUCAAAUUGAUUUCUCUCGUCGGAAUUUGUUGGAAGUUUUAGCGAACGGGGACUUCGACCUUCGGAACCCGCGGAGGUACCCACCUCCGAAUUGCGAUAGCCGCGGGGUUAUGAACGAGGACGACCGCUGGAAGUAUGGAUUCGGCAGCAUGGCUACGCCGUCGAGGUUCGGGUCGAAUCCGACGAAAAAGACAGCGGAGCUGGUGCACGGCGCCGUCGGCGAGACCACGGAGCUGGACGACGUGAAGGUGACCGCGCCGAGUAGCCACCACGCCGCAACGUCGACGCCGUCGACGGCGCACACCGGCAGCGAGAAUGCGACACCCUGUAAGAACGGCGGCUGCAAGACCUGGCGGAGUAGCCGCCUCGGCGGCGGGGAGCCGCGUACGGAGAGUCCCUGGCACUCGCUAAAGACAGUCUUCCUGGUCUCCGUGAUCGUGGCGUUCCUCGUCUGGAUCAUCGUCUACGCCAUCCUGGACCAGUACCGGAUCUUGUGACCGCGGCGACUCUCGCUUUCAGGGUCCAGCGAUGGAUUCUGCGGCCGUUAAUGUGAUUCAUCCUCACUCGUAAUCGAGAGAUCAGAGUUACCAGGGAACCUUGGGAAAUUUUCCCCCAAAGAAUUUUAUCACGGCGGGUUUUGGAGAAGAUAAAAGUAAGGAUCGUUAUAUACCAAAUUUUUUUAAAAACCGUGAUAACAAAAUUCAAGUUGGAAGGAAAAUCUCCCAAUCUAGGGAUUGGAAUCGCGUUUUGUGAUCGGGGCCUGUGAUCUUCGUGUGCUCCAUUGUGACACCGCUAACGAAACCCCGCGAUCACUCUCAGGUGAUUUUGUGAUUGCUACGUUGAAUUCUAUGACUCUUGUGUGAUUUUGUGAUCGCGAUCUAUGAUCGAUAGGUCCUGCGGACCACGUGACUCUUCUUCCUGAUCUAUUACCAUUGAAUCUAUUUUGUAUUUUUUUUUACCAUCGGAAUUUUAUUAGGUUUGUAUCAUAUCUGCAUCACGACGAUCAUUCAACGAGAUGAAUGGACGAAUCUGUGAAGGGAUUCGAAACGAACGGCCGAAUGCGAUCGGGGAGGGCUCCUCCCUCGGCAGCUUGAGGCUUCCGUAGAUCGGAUUGUAACGUUGUAAUAUAUUUCGUACUGUUUUAUAAGAAAAGUUUAACUCCUGUAAAUAAAAUCCAUAACAAAUAAAAUACGA